AAUGCCUGCACACCUUAAUUAAGCAGAUUCAAAUUUGGGAAUUAAGUUUUGAAAUUCCAGUAAUUGACUCCUAAAAAUCAUACUUGUGACACGGUCCUGUAGGCGCAAAUGUCUCGUCAUUUGGACAUCAAACGGAGAAAUUACGAGCCAAUAGUAUGAAAAUUACAGAAUAAUACCCUAGGUUUUUUAACUGUCAGAAACAGUUUCCAAAACUUGUAAACUGUAAAAUUAUACGUACAAAUUUCCAAACCUUAUUUCUCCCUCGUUUGAGCUCAUAAUUCGAUUCCGUCGACUCCGUGAUGCUCCUGGAGAUGAUCUCUACGCAUCGAUAGCAAGUUCUUGAAUUAUCGUCGUAGUUUUUGAUGCCGACACAGACGUCGAGAUUGAUGAUGACCCUCCGACAAGCCUUUUACAAGCUUCGAAGCUGAUUUCUGACUCCAUAUAUCGAUUUGUAGGGGUCCUAUUACUCAGACCCAACUCAAAAAACGUUUUUCCUUCCUUCUCCUCCUUUACCUCUCUCAUCUUCUCAAUGCUCGGCCGAACCGAGGAGGAAGAAGAAUGAUUCUUCUGUUCUAUUCUAUCCAUCCCAGAGAGUCCCUCGCCCUUCCAUAAAAACCCAUAUGCAGAGCAGCCAUAAAGCCACUAAGAGUCGUUUUCUAUUCUGCAGGUUCAUUCACGAGUAAGAGAGGAUCCAAUUUUCAUCUUCGCACCGCUUGAUCCUACAUAUCUACAGGCUGCAACUCAACUCUUCUUAAACAAAAAAGAUGACUUGAAACAUGGGUUGAUUGAUCGCAUACACCUAGCGCGUCAAUAGUUUAAAGAGAUGAAGAAGUAAUUGUGCACAAAAUGUUUGCACUCUAGUUGGUUCAAUUUCGUCUAGCCCCUUUUAUUAUUUUAAAGUUUCUUUUCUUUUUAAUUUCUAAACAUAUAAAUGCAUAUAAGAAUCAAUUAUAAUCAUCAAUUUCUAUGAUGAUUAUUAUUGUUCUCAUUACAUCUUCUUUCGUCAACGACGCAAAUUCCACGACAUAUAAUCUUAGUUGUAAAUUUGUAGAAGAAAAUCUAUUUUUGGGGAUUAUCAAUCUGCUUGUUAAAGUGAUAAAGCAAGUUGAAAAACUCUGCUCUGAUUUCUUGUGGAGUGCUGAGGAAGAGGGUAAGAAUGCUAAAAUUCAGUGAAAGUAUGUGGCUCGACCAAAGAAGGAAGGAGGGUUAGGGUUCAAGGACUUGAUGAGUUGGAAUACUGCCUGUCUAAUCAGUCAUUUGUGGGCUUUGGCAUCAAAUUCUUCAUCUCUGUGGGCAAACUGGGUUCGACAGUACCAACUUACUUACACUUCUAUUUGGGAUAUUCCUUCUUCCAUUAGUUGUUCCUGGGCAUGGAGAAAAGUCUUAAACACCAGAAGUUUUGCAGCGCAUCACCUAACUGUUAGGUCUUUGGAGGUUUACUGGGAUGGUGGGCUAAUGAGCAAGUUUUCUGUCAAGAAAGUUUUGGACACAAUUAGGCCCAGAUAUGAAAAGGUUAUUUGGUAUAAUCUCGUUUGGAAAUCUCUCUGUACCCCCAGAGACAAGGUGUUGGUAUGGCUUAUCAUCCUUAAUGGGAUAACCACACUAGAUAAAGUGCAGGUAUGUAAUUCAUCUGUAGUUAACACAUGCCCCCUUUGUGCCUCUACUGCAGAAUCAAGGGACCAUCUAUUCUUCGAGUGUUCUUAUUCACAGAAGAUCCUCCAGUCUGUUUUUCACUCACAGAUCCAAUCUGAAGGGUGUUGGGAAGAUUCACUGGGGUUAGUCAUUAAUCAAUUCAAGGUGGCUUCUCCAGCUUCUGAUUGAGGUAGAUUGCUUUGGACCACAAUGUUGAGCGAGUUGUGGAGGGAACGAUGUAGGCGUCUAUAUGGAAAUGGACUUUUGACUGAAGUGAAGCUAUUAAAGAAGUUGCAGCAGAUGCUGAUCUUGCUGCGGAAUGUAUUCCCUCAUAUAGGCUUGACUAUUACUGAAGCUGAUAUUCAUAGUAUAGUAUAGCUUAGUUUUUCUGUUUUUGUUUUCAGGAAGUUUCCUAGACUGAGUGAUUGUGUGUAGUUUCUGCAAACGGUCUGUACUUUGUGGUCGGAUUCUCUGUUGUUUGGUGCCAGUUAGAAUGGUAUUUUUACCAUUCUUUCUUGAUGAAUACACAACUUAUUCAUAAAAAAUCUAUUUUUCUCUUUUAAACUUAUUCUAUUUUAUUUUGCUUGAUCCGGGAUGUUAUAAAGCCCGAGUGAAAUAUCAACGGCUAGUGCAACCGCCAAAGGACCGCCGCUCAAACCCUGAUUCUCCAGAAGACUUCCUAAAGAAGUUGCUUCUUCCCAAAGUCGAAGGAAUCCAAGUUCAAGUCGUACAAGGAAGGUAUUGGCUGCCUUUAAGAGAAAGGGGACUGAAAACCCCCUUUUGUAACUCGUAUGAAUAGGAGGCUAGACUAGAGCUUGAAAGAUCCUUUGUCGAAUUCUUAAAUAUAGAUCCAAAUUAAUAUUUGAUCUCAUUCUCGAAUCCCUUCUUAAUACUCCUCAAAUUCAUCACUUCUAAAGAUGAAUGAAUACUCUUUUCUUGUCUUCAUGUCCAUCACGAGGUAGUCGGGAAGAAUAUGAACGGGCCAACUUGGGUGCUUAGGCCUCAAACAACUCCAAGAGCUCUGCAAGAACUAUUGUUGGCUAGCGUGAUAUCUACGUUGAUGUACUGUAUGUCAGCUAGUCUCGUCUAUUCAUAUAGAUGCAAUGGUAAUAUGUUGAAGAUUGAAGGGGGAUACAUAUUCCACAUCAGCUGCUAGGUCACCGUUGGUAUUUGCUUCUGAUUGGGCUGAGUCUUCCUCCAUUGGGCUUCUCUUGGGAUCUACUUGUGGCUACUAGUAGGCUUCUUCGUCAUUGGACCUCGUGUUUAUAAAAAAAAUCUACAACUUUCUUCAUAGCUCUUUUGGUUCUCUAGAGUUGUCCAAUACUUUAUCCAAAUUCUCCUAGGUCGUAUUGUACCUUGAAAACCAUAAAACACACACCAAGAAGGCAUCAAAGAGCACCAAAAAAAUCCUAUGUCUAUUAAAUGCUCAUUGAUCAAAUAGUUAUGAUUUAUAUAAAAAAUACAAUGCAUAAAUAGAAUGGGAAAAUGUAUCAGAUAUGAGAGGGAUAAACACGGUAAAUAUAGUGUCGUCAAACAUACGUUGUGUACUUGUGUUGCCUCCCAACAAGAACUACUUUUUAUGUCUUUAAUUAGACACAACUAGUGGGUCUCAUUUUGAUUUUGAGAAACAUGCCUCUAAGCGUGGAUCCACCACACUCCUUGGGCAUGUCCUCACUUUGCUACCUUUCAACUGGCCGUCUUUGGGCCAGUCUUCCUUCUCCUUUCCUCUCUCCCUACCAUGGGCCAUUUUGGAGCUCAACGUCUUCAAUUUCCACUCCCGUAUGGUCUUACCUAUUGCCAGUAUGGAAGGAGGCUCAACCUACAUCACAUCACAUGAAGCAAAAAAAACAAGAUUUGUCCACCUCAUGGGUCACAGAAUUGACCGAAGUGGACUUGCCCUUCGAGGGCUUAGGUUUUUCCUUCACAAUUCACUUGUCAAAUUUUCCAUUCAAGGGUACAUUAUCAACAUAUGAGCAAUAUAGAAGGUGAUACGCUCAUCACGCACUCUUAAUUUUUGUGUACCCUCAUCUACAUCGAUCAAAGCCUUGGGCGUGGAUAGGAAAGGGCGUCAUAGUAUAAGUGGGACUUCGAUAUCUUUGCUAAUAUCUAGGAUCCUGAAUUUCGUAGGGAAGUAAAACUUCGCUACUUAUACUAGAAGGUCCUCAACUCUCCCCCUAGGUAGAACUACCGAUCUAUCAACAAGAUGCACAUUGAUUUUGAUACUUCUUAAUUCACUUAGGCCUAGCUUCAGAUAAACCUUUUAUGGUAUGACAUUGAUGCUUGCCCCUACGUCCGCCAAAGACUUUUGUACAUGCAAUUAUCCUACUUGGAAAGAUUUUGGUACUUCUUAACAAUAUGUUAGGAUUAAAUGACACUUGUUAACUUAAUUGGAUGAUGGUUGUGUAUUACAAGUGGUUAUCACUUCACUUUAUUAUAUUUACUGAAAUAAAAUAAAUAUUAUUGGUUUGAUUAGGUAUAUUCAUACUUGUUGGAAUGUAUGUUAGUGAUUUUUGGUUAACCGCCAAACUAACCAGUAACCAAACCAAUAAUAGAUGGUUAACCGGCGUGAAUAUCACCGGUAUGACAGACAUAAUUGAUUUUCAGCCUAUAAACGAAAUUAUGUCAUUUUAGCUAAUUUAAUUAAUAAAAAAUUGAUUUAUUUCAUCAAUUUAAAAGUUAACUGUUGAUGUUAUUUGUUGGAUUCAAAUAUUAAAGUUUGUGUUUUUGACAUUAAAUGUUAUAUUUAAAUAUGAGUAUUUGCUAUUUCGCAUAGACCAGGAAACCGGAUCGUACCGGCCGGUUCAACCGGAAAUUGGAUCAAAAGCGGCACGGUGGGCUGAUUGUGCUGAUUUUACCGUGCCGGCCGGUUUUUCCGGUUUGACCGGUUGAACCGGCCGGUAUGAUCCGGUUUCCUGGUCUAUGAUUCAGCUUCAUUUCUCCGUAUUCUCGUCCAAUAUGUGGAAAAUAAUUUAAAAAGAAUAUUAUUUUGCUAUUUUUCUAUGUUGAAAAUGGGUCACCAUGGUUGUAUAAUGCUCUAUUUGGUUCUUUUUUUGAUGGAUUAUAUUUUUUAUACUAUCGCAUUUCAUUUCUCUAUCAAUAGUGAAAAACGGUAUUUACCGGUACAAAACGGUUGAACCACGGUCGUACCACAAAAUACCAUACCAGAAAGGAAUCCGGUAUGAUGUCCGGUACGGUUUCCUUUACCAUGCUAUUUUGUUUGAACCUUCUCUCUCAAGCUCAAGAAGUGAGCCAAGAGUCUCUCAUCUGAGCCAGCGGAUUCGAACUCUACUGUGUCAAACUGUCGGUGCAUAAAGCAAGCACGCUUAGACUGCAAUGUGCAAUCUUUGGUCUGUAUUGUAUUUAAAUUAUGAAUAUAGAUUGUAAGUAAAUUGUCUACAAAUAUGUUAUAUAUAUAUAUAUGUAUGCUUAAAUUCAUUGGAUAUUAAUGAUUUUUCUUAUUUUAAUAAACCUACAUAAACUAGCACAAACCGGUUGUAACACUGGUCAAACCAUGCCGCUUGCUAGGGGUGAACAAAGAUACCCGCAAACCGACCCAUCCUCCAACCCGAUCCAACUCACCUGUAUUUAUUGCUAAAAUUAAGGUUUAGGAUUGGGUGAGGGUUUUCUAUAAUACAACCCGUCUCUUUUGUGUUGGGUUUGGAUUUUGGAUUACAAAACCCGUAAAAGCGACCCAACCCGAAUUCCAACUAUUGGUAUGAUUCGUAUCCAAAGAAUAUUUAUAUCGUAUGUAACUUAUGAUAAAAUUAAGAUAUUUUGCCAUGUUUUUUUGUUAUAGUCUCCCUAAUCUAAUGCAUUCUUCAGUUUAAAGAUUAGACCUAGAUUUAAUAUAGCUAUGAUUCACGU